AUGCUUAUGUACCCUUCUGUACGUAAGGGUCUCAUCACUGAACCAGCAUCUGCACCUUUUGUCCACCAGCAGGACCCCGUUUGCAUACAAGACGAUCAGUUCAUCCCAGACUUCUCUCAGCAAGACCCUUCACUGCAGUGUUUCUACCAACAACAGCCUCGACUGCAGUCUCCCUUUCAGUAUCAACCUAACUUCGAAUUUGUCUCUCCGCCCUCUUCCGCUCCCUCGUCACCUUCCUCCUCUCCCGCCUCUACCUUUUCCCACCUUCCCGCGACGGCAGUCGCGCAAUACUCGCCUGCCGUCGCCGACGGCAGUUCCUUCGAAGCUCCUUCGAUGACACCUGCUUCAUCGUACAACCCUUCGAUUCAUAUUCAGCAUUCGACCUCGCCUCCAACUUCCAACCCAUACCUGACACAAUACCAACCCCCAUAUUUCUACAGCAACCACCAUAACAGCAACCCCAUGUUGGCGCAACAUACUGUCGCAAACAACCACGGUUGGGAAGGCAACCUGCAGCUCUUGAGUCCAGCUCGCAUUUCAAACGGUCUCUCCCGGUCCUCAUAUCAAGACUCGCAGCUACAGACCUCUCCUGCCUCCAGCAAAUCUGCCCCAGCAGGAAGCGUGCAACGGUCCAACAACGGUAGCCUGUCAAAGCCUCUGCCUACACCUGUCCAGACGCCUGUGCAGAACUCUUUCCUCGCCACACCUUUUCAGAACUACAAUCCAUCCGCACAUGAUGCUAGUCAGGCCGAGGCAGAAGCGGCUAUGAGACGGGCUGUGAUGGAGCAGCAGCAGCAGCAAAACAACCAGCAGCAACAAUCACAAAACCAAUCAAGUGACUACUCACUGGCUCCCUCCGUUUCGACCGUGAGUCACAACUCGCCGGUGACCCCACAGACAAGCUUUGACGAGAUCGACGAUGCAUCGAAGGCGAUGGCUAAUGGUGAGAACCGAUAUCCMGAUGUAGACCGGUGGAUGGAUGAAUACUUACAUGCCGAUGCGCUUUCAGACUACGGAAACCACACUGGUUCCAAUAUGACCAUCGGCAUUCCCAAGCUCAAUCGCACAAUCUCAGACAUUUACCAAGAUGAGCUAUACAACCCUGCCAUCAUGCCAGCACCACAGGUCCCAAAGCAACCCUCCGGCAACCAGCAUUACCGCAGCGUCUUUGCAGAUCGUCUGCAAGCUGCCAAUCAGGGUCACCUAUCUGCACGGUCUCAGUCUCCUGCAGUCAAUCUGAACCGUGAUCGUUCGCCCUUCCGACAGAACUCACCAAUGGCGGCUGAGUUCGGCAACGUUGCUCAACUGGCGACCAGCGUGCCUAUGCCUCAAGGUACCAUGAAUCUGGGCCAGUCUCAGACGGAGCCCAAGACCAUGUCUCCCAAGGAUGCGGUCCUAGACUUCCAUGAGACUGAAGAUGCUAGCAUGCCGCCAUUGUUCCCUUCGACUCAGCCUGAUUUCAAUCUCAGCGAUGCGUUGGGCUUGCGACGUGAGAGCAGCUCUUCGUUGCGACAGGCACAAAACUUUCCAUCGAUGGAUUCGUUUCCUGGUCAGUUCAACACACAGACCAACUCUCUGUCUCAACAGUAUCCCUUUGUCCAGCAACAGCAGAACCACCGCCAGCCGCAGCACCAGCAGCAGCAGAACAAUUUGCUUCACCAUACACCCGAGUUUCCCGCCUCUCUUCCGCACCUUGAGUCUAAUGGAAGCGAGGUCAUUCAAAAUGAUAUGACUUCGCCUCAAUCCAACAUGAACAUCCUACCAAUUAAACAAGAGAUUACUCGGCCAGACAAUACAUCUACAGAUGGUGGCACCUACACCUGCACCUAUCACGGCUGCACUCUACGCUUUGAGACGCCGGCUAAGCUCCAGAAGCACAAGCGAGAGGCUCACCGCCAAACUACCCCUGGCGGUCAUCUCGUUAGCCGCGAUCACUCGGCACGGAACUCCCAGGCUGGCCCCCACAAAUGUGAGCGGAUCAACCCUUCCACUGGGAAACCCUGCAAUUCUGUCUUCUCGCGACCGUAUGAUCUUACGCGGCACGAGGACACGAUUCACAACGCCCGUAAGCAGAAGGUUCGAUGUCAUCUGUGCACGGAGGAGAAGACCUUCUCGCGCAAUGAUGCGUUGACCCGGCACAUGCGGGUGGUUCAUCCUGAAGUCGAUUGGCCCGGUAAGCAGCGGCGCAGGGGCCGUGAAUGA